AGCAAUAAACGCCGUUGUCAAAGUUGAAAGCAAAGCAAACUUAAGCAGCUGUCGAGAUGGGCAAUGCCGGCUACACAUGCAUACGACGAACCUUUUGCUGGCUCAACAUUAUACUCUGGCUCUGCAGUUGCGCCUUUCUGGGCGCUGGUCUAUGGUUGCGUCUCAGCUACGAGGGCUAUGCCACAUUGUUGCCACAGCAUGCGGGUCUGAGUGCGGACACAAUCUUCAUGUGCAUUGGCGGCACUGGCUUUGUGGUUAGUUUCUUUGGCUGCUGCGGCGCUUGGGUACAGUCGCGCUGUCUACUAGUGUUGUACUUUAUGCUGAUUGUUAUUCUGUUCAUGAGCGAGUUCCUUGUGGGCUCCAUUGCGUUUCUCUUUCGCGGCGGACUGGGACGCACUUUGGCCAAUGAGCUGCGCUUUGGCAUUGAGCGUCACUAUAAUGCCAGCGAUCGUGGCUCGCUGGUGGCGCCAUCUGUUGCUGCCAUUUGGGAUAGCGUGCAGCAGUCGUUUGAAUGCUGCGGCGUCUCUUCGUACGAGGACUGGUAUGACAUUCAAUCGUGGAGCGGCAAGCGCUGGGUGCCCGACUCCUGCUGCCGCCAGCUCUACGAUCAGCGUCAGCUGCUCACCGAAGGCUCUGGCGAUGGCCUGAUGCGUGUCGACUGCGGUCGCUCCGAGAAUCCUGCGCUCUGGUUUGACAAGGGCUGCGCUCAUUCGCUGCAGAAUUGGUUCACGGCUCAGCUGAAUGUUGUGGGCGCCGUUGGCUUGGGCAUUGCAUUUGUGCAACUCUUUGGCCUAAUAACGUCGAUGCUGCUGUUCUGCACCGUUAAACAUAAAAGAGCUUCGGACACUUACAAGUCCUACUCCCCAUCGAUUGAUCCACAGACGCGCACCAGCAGCUGGGAGGAUUGAACGCGACUCUAAUGCGAAAAAACAAAAACCACAAAAAAAUAAUCGACGAACAAUAUUUGAAAUUUCUAAAGCAACAAGCAUUUUUUUUCUUCUGUUAGUUAAUGCUGCAAGAAUUGUGCCAAAAAUUAAUUUAACAACAAUUGUAUUAAACAUAUAACUUUUUUUUUUUUUUGUUUAGUUAUACUCGUAUGUGAAAUCAUAGCGUGGUUUCUAUAUCUAACUUUAGUUUAGUGGUAUAUCCAUAUUGUGAUGUGCUCUCUAGUUUAAUAGACGCCUGCAACAAUUGCAUAUAGUAUAUAUGAUUAUAUAUGCUAUAUCUUUUGCUUGUUUAUUAUGCGGCGUUAUAGUAUUGAACAACAACUGCCCAUGCAACAAAUCGUAAAAAUACUAAAAGCAACAAAUAUAUAUAAUUUAAACAAAUAUCAAGCACAUUCCUAAACAAACAAAC